AUGUGUGAAAAUCCGGUGAGUUCGCCAUUCUAUUUGGAGACUUCUACUUGCUUUAGUAUUAAUGGAUCAGAGUAUUCUUCCAUCUCUUCCAAGAUGUAUAGAUAUGUCAAAGUCGGCAGAACGAAUGCAUCGGAUGUGGAGGACUCGUGCCAAAUAGAGGGAAUGUCUCUGACAUCGUGGCCAGGAAAUGAUGACAGACAUGUUUCCUGUUCAGACGUCCACAACGUAUUGGUAUAUGGUUUUGAGCUUUCAUGGCUCCAAGUUAUGUGUGAAAGAAGCUGCGGAUCAAGACAAAAUUGCUACUUGGAUGAGGCGAAUCAUGUUCAAUGUGAUCAACAGUGGGGAUCCCUCCACCUAUACCAUGCGUACUACGUUUUUCUUCGGGGACUAAAGAUCAUUGGAGUAUACAAGGCCCUAAUAACUGUAAUAGGGACUCCAUGUGUGAUUGCGUUUUUGAUAUAUAAAUGGCGUCGAAGACAUUUAUCUAUGUAUGAUGCUAUUGAAGAAUUUCUGGAAACCCACAACAACCUCAUGCCAAUAAGGUACUCUUACUCAGAAAUUACGAAGAUGACCAAAAGUUUGAAGGACAAAUUGGGUGAAGGAGGCUAUGGCACUGUUUGUAAAGGAACGCUUCGAAGUGGCCGUCUUGUAGUUAUAAAGAUGUUAGGUAAAUCCAAAGCUAACGGACAAGACUUUAUCAAUGAAGUUGCAACCAUUGGAAGGAUUCACCAUGUUAAUGUAGUACAGCUUAUUGGAUUUUACGUUCAAGGGUCAAACCGGGCUCUCAUAUAUGAAUUCAUGCCUAAAGAGUCUUUGAAUAAGUACAUUUUCUCGCUAGAAGAAAGUGUUAUCCUAAGCUACAAAAAAAUAUAUGAUAUUGCUAUAGGUGUUGCUCGUGGGAUUGAAUAUUUACAUCGAGGGUGUGACAUGCAAAUUUUGCACUUUGAUAUCAAGCCUCACAACAUUCUUCUUGAUGAGAAUUUUACUCCUAAGGUUUCGGACUUUGGUCUUGCAAAACUAUAUCCAGUAGAUAACAACAUUGUUUCUUUGACUGCAGUAAGAGGGACAUUAGGAUAA